AUGUCAGGCAGCGGACGAAAGAGUGCGUAUCGUAAGGGUGUGACCAAGCGUGUGUUAUAUGGCGAUCCAGAGCCUAAGGAAAACGAGCUCAUUGUUCGCGUCACGGCACUACGAGGCACCAACUUGUUCGAGGUGGUCGACGCCCAAGGAAUUCAAUCGGUAACAAUGUUACCAACUAAAUUCCGCAAACUCAUUUGGGUGAAACGAGGUGAUUUUUUAAUUGUCGGGGAGGGUGAUGGAGGAGAAGCCACAACUGCUACGGGCAAGAAGGGCGCCGUAACGUCCAUUGUAGUGCACAUUUUAUACAAGGAUCAGAUCAAAAACCUCAAGCAAAAGGAUCUCUGGCCUGUGGAAUUUGAUGUGUCGUCUACUAAGCAGGCGUGGACGCACGUAGAUACUGAUGGUGACGAGGACGAGCAGAAGGAUGGAGAAGAAAACGAAGUUGCUGAUGAACAAGUUUCUCAGGUGUCUACAGCUUCGUCCUCAAAGGGACUUACGAUGGUGGAAGACGGGUUUGCCCACAUGCACGUGAAUCGGAAUCGUCGCAAAGGCCACUUUGAUGACGAAGAGGAAGAAGCAGAUAGCGAUGACGAGUGA